UGUCAAACUUUUAUUUUAUAUUCAUAUUCAGUUCACCCAUAUUUAUUAACAUGUACCAUUGGAUUUGGUUUAUGGUCUGCGCUACUGGCCUGUCGUUAGUUACUGCUACGCCGCUUAUACACUAUGGCCAUUGUAUGGUAAACACAGAGCUAGGCGUUUGUCAGCCACGACAAUUGUGCUGGGAACUGCAGCAGGAGGCGAACUUUAAUAGUCAACGCCGUUCACGCUGUCACAGUCGAGUACGCGAUGAUUUGGUUUGUUGUCGACGUGCACAGAAGGUGUCAGCGUCGUCAGCUGCGCUGUAUGAUGUACUCCCACAAACUCCGGUCUGUGGUGGCUACGAUGGCAUGUUCGAGGAUCGGAUUAUAGCUGGCACACAGGCGCAUAUAUUGGAUUAUCCCUGGACGGCGCUAUUGCUCUAUAGCAGUGAUGGUCUGGAGUUUAGCCACAUGUGCGGUGGUUCGCUUAUACAUGAACGCUGGGUGCUAACGGCCGCGCAUUGUGUGCCCAGUUCAGAGAGAAGCGAUCAGUUGCUUCAGGUGCGUUUGGGAGAAUGGAAUACAAGCAGCUCGAUAGAUUGCCAGCAGUUUAUGAACGAUCGAAUUUGUGCGCCACCGCACCUGGAUAUACCCAUCGACCGCAUUAUAGUGCAUGAACAAUUUCACUUGGGUGGUUCCGCCAUGACUAAUAAUUCGAAUGAUAUUGCAUUGCUGCGCUUAAAGCAACCCGUUAGCUUCUCUGACUUUGUGCUGCCUAUUUGCCUGCCCGCAGCAAAUCUGCAAGCGGAGCAUCAAUAUGAGGAUUAUGCUAUGGAGGUCACUGGCUGGGGAAAUACAGAGCAAAUACGCUUUGGUGGCAGUUCGAUUAAGCUUAAGGCUAUGCUUAAUGCGGUAUCCAUGGCCAGGUGCAGGCAAAUCUAUGCGCAGUUGGCGGUGGGUCAGCUCUGCGCUGGCGGCGACUCCCAAGCGGGCACCUGCGGUGGCGACUCUGGCGGUCCACUUAUGCUUGUGGGCGACAAUGCACAGGGCAAGCGUAGCUACUAUUUGACAGGCAUUGUUUCCCUGGGCCAAGCUAGCUGCAUUAAUGGCGGUAGACCAAUGAUCUUUACACGUGUGGAGUACUAUGUGCCCUGGAUAACGGGUACUAUCCAAGCAAACUCGUAAGUGUAUAGUAGUUGUCCGGAU